UAGCUGUUUGAAGACAGUCAAAUAUACGCGACACAGUAUAAAUAUUUUAGUAACGCUUAAAGAGCUUGUAAAUUCCUUGUUAAAAAAUACUAGAAUAUUGCUUUAAUUUUCCCAUAUCGCAAAGAUAAAUAUAAACAAAAAAAAAAGAAAAAAAGGAAAAAACAAUUAGUACGUAAUGCAAAUCUGAGGAAAGCAAUAAAUAAAUACAUAAGAUUUGAGUAAUUAUUUAGAAUUUAUGACAAAGAAAAUGGAGGUUCAAGAGAAAGAGAGAGAAAGAGUGGGUUCGGGCUUGUCGGGUCAGAAACUUGGGUUGGAUGAGUUUACACUUCCCCACAAGAAGACCCACAUAAUCAAACACCACAAUUUCUCCCGGAAAAUUCAAGCAAAAUUUAAAACCCCCCCACUUCGUUAAAUCCCAACUUUUUACAUGUAAAAGCAUGGCUCUCGCUGUUCCAGUGCGUGCCCAACUUGACAAAUUCCUCAAAACCAAGUUCAAGCCUGUAGAUUUAAAUCUUGCUGAAGCUUUGCAUUGCUUCGAGAACAUGAUUCACAUGCAGCCCACUCCUCCAGUGUCAUCGUUCAAUGUUUUAUUGGGUACACUUGCUAAGAGUAAGCAUUACACUGACGUUUUCUCACUUCAUGCUAGAAUGAUUUCCAUUGGUUUAUUGCCUGAUGUCAACACGCUUAAUACUCUGCUUAAUUGCUUUUGCAAUGUGAAUCGGGCUCGUGAUGGUUUCGUUGUCGUGGGAAGUAUGAUGAGGAGGGGUUUUAAACCAAACAUUGUGACUUAUACAUCCUUGGUUAAGGGUUUGUGUGUGGAAAAUAGAAUUGUGGAGGCAACGGGGUUGUUUUUGAAAAUGGUCAAGUUGGGUUGUUGGCCUAACGUGAUUACUUGUUCUACUUUGAUUAAUGGGCUGUGUCGUACUGGGAAUACGACCAUUGCACUUAAGUUGCAUGAAGAAAUGACUAAGCGGAACGGUGGUUAUGGUAUGAAGCCGAAUAUGGUUUGGUAUGGGAUUAUUAUUGAUGGGCUUUGUAAAGAUGGAUUGAUAGACAAGGCUAGAGAGCUUUUUUGGCAAAUGAAAGAUGCGGGGAUUCUUCCGGAUGUGGUUGUGUAUAGCUCUCUGAUUCAUGGUUUGUGCUAUGAAGAAAAAUGGGAAGAGGCUAAAGGUUUGUUUAAUGAGAUGGUAGAGAAUAGGGUCCGGCCUAAUGUGGUAACAUUCAAUUUGUUGAUAGAUAUGAUUUGCAAGAAGGGAAGGAUGCAAGAAGCUAAUGAUUUGCUAGAACUUAUGAUUCAGAGAGGUGAGAAACCAGACACAUUUACUUAUAACAGUUUGAUGUGUGGCUUCUGUAAGGUAGGUAGGAUUGAUAAAGCGAAAAAGCUACUUCUUUCUAUGCCAAGUAAAGGGUGCGAACCUAAUGCGUGCAGCUUCACUGUGUUAAUCAAUGGGUACUGCAAAAUGUGGAAGAUUAACAAAGCUUUGGAUCUCUUUAACGAAAUGAUUGACAAGGGAAUAAAGCCAACGGUAAGAACUUACCAUGCCUUAUUAAUUGUUCUUUUUAAGGCAGGUAAGGUUGAGGAUGCAUGCGGAGUCCUCAAUGAGAUGCAAGCUCAAGACCUGGCACCUAAUUCAACUACAUAUUCUCUGUUUUUGGAUGGUCUUUGCAAGAAUAAUUGUGCUCCAGAGGCGUUGGAACUUUUUUAUAAAUUAGAGAACUCCAAGUUUGGAUUAAGCAUUGAAAUCUUCAACAGCCUCAUUAAUGGACUGUGUAAAUCUGCAAAGCUUGAAAUUGCUUUUGAGCUGUUUCAAAGAUUGCCCCAUAUGGACCUCAUCCCUGAUGUUGCAACUUAUACCAUUAUGAUAUCUGGUCUCUGUAAUCAAGGGAAAUUAGAAAGGGCCAACGGUUUGUUUUCAGAAAUGGAAGAAAAGGGUUGUGCUCCAAAUAUUGUUACAUACAAUACACUUAUGCGUGGUUUCUGUGAAAAUGGUGAGUCAUUAAAAGUGGUUGAACUUCUUAAUAGAAUGGUAGAGAGACGUAUGUUUCCAGAUGCCUCUACAGUCUCCAUUGUGAUAAACUUACUAUCGAAGGAUGAAAAAUAUUGUGAAUUUUUAAAUUUACUUCCAACUUUUCCGGCCCAAAAAGCAGGGGAGAGAUGAUACGGAACCACUAGUUUAAGCGUUCAGAAAAACGUCUUCAUUUUGAAGUGCUUUGGAUGAAGGUUACGUCUUCAAUGAGAAUUUUUGAAAUAUGAAGCUUCUUGCAUUAAACCUGACGGGAUUGAAUGAUCUAUAACAGUGCUGCUAACCAUUGGAGGCAGGUGUUUGUAUUGUACGCACCUUGUGACAUCAACAUGCUGACAUAGUUUGCUGGAAUAGCUAUGUCAUUUCUUCCUUGAACAAGUAAGUCUGCAUUAGAGCAUGAAGACAUAAUACACAUUGUAUAAGCAAGUGUAUUCAUGUCUUGGUUGCUCCUACUGUGGAAAUUGGUGACUAGCAUUCAUCUCUCUUGUCCAUUUAUAUAUAUAUAUAUAUAUAUAUGUACCAGAUCUACAGCAGUGCUCCUAACCAUUGGAGAUUUUGUUGUACUUGAUAGCUCUAGUACAGGCAUUUUGUAUUGUACGCUUCUUGUGACUUCAACAUGCUGAUAUACUUUGCUGGAA